UGAAUACUUAGCUCAAUAAUCAGGUCCACUGCUGCUUUUCUUUGUCCGAAUCUUCGUUUUUUAUUUUCUUCUUUCAUCCCCCCCCUUCCCUCCCCGGGAUUUGUUUCUACUCUCCUCCAAACUAUACAACCAUACUUCACUUUAUUUAUCUUAUAAUCUUCGAUAGUCUACAGAGCACAGCUACGCUCAAUCACAACAACAAUGUCCUCCUCCCCAGAAUCCCAAUCCCCCUCCUCCCCCGACAGCCCCCGCCAUCUCGCCUGGCCUGUCCCCCCAGGCCCCGUUCCCGUCCCAAUCACAGUAACCCAUUACAACUCUCAUACCCGCCAACACACAACCUCAACCCAAUCCACAGCCGGUCCCUCGCCCUCCGGCGGCCCAACAAUGAUCAAAUCCCGCCGCUUCUACUCCUCCCCGUUAUCCGAAACACCCAACCCGCCCGACACAAACACAACCCUCAAAACCCCCCUGCAAGCCUACGGCCUCGAACAGCGCGAGCCCUCGAUCGCAGAGGAAAAGCCGCACCUGCUACGCAGGGUGUCGCACGCAUUAGACGAUAUCAAGGAGGACUUUACGUUGGGGUUGGAUCCCAAGGCGACGGCGGAGAAGAUCCGCAGUCGGAGACGCGGGUCUGUGUUUUUCGAGGCGCCGCCGUCGAGUUCUCCUGCUCCUGUUGCUGCUUCUAGGCCGGAGUCAGCGAGGCCGUUGUCUAUUUUUUCGACUUCGGGGUCUGUAGAUCAGGGUGCGAGUGCUGGGAGACGGAUGAGUAGAAGGUUGUCGAUGUUUGGGGGUGGGUUUUCGCAGCGGAGGAAGAGGGUGGGAGAGAGUAUUUCGCAGCCGAAUUUGAUUGGGUCGUCGACGCAUCUGUGAGCGGUCUGCAGGUUCAUCUUGAGUUUGGGGGAGAGAGGAGGAUGAGAAAAGCGGUAAUACGGGACGCAUCACAUCAUCAUUGACAUCGAUUCGACAUCGAUUCGACAUCAACAUCGCUACAACUAUCGAAACUACACAUUCACUCAUUGUAAAGAAAAGCGGCAUACAUACAUGGAGUCCGGCGUGCUUCUUAUUUUCACUUCAUUUCAUUUUCAUUUCACAUUCCCUUCAACCCCUGUUAUAUAAUUUGCAUCAACCAUUUACUUUUUUGUACAGGAUAUAUGGUUAGCUAGGUGUUGGAUAGACGGUCAUUCCUUUUAACAUUUACAGUCACUUUUUUAUGUUGUUCGACAAUGGAUUUGUACUGUGUACCCCCAUGC